AGUUGUGCGUUCGAGCAGCCCGUUUGCGCUGUGGUGGAGGUAUCUGUCCAUUAGGAUGAUGUAAAUGAAUGUUAAGAAUGACAGUUCUGUCAACGAGCUGGCGAACAUGACGCCCACCUUAGCUGCAUGUUCCCAUGGAGUAUUCAUACCCAACAAUUCAGGUCCAGGAAAAGAAAGAAAAUGACCCAACUCUUACGUCAGCCGAUUAAGUCAGCUUCCUCCUGAUAAUCUCUCUCGUCCGGCAGUCUCACACGAGUCCCAUGUUUGUUCUUCUUGCGGGCCCCACAUGGAUUCGUUCAGCUUCCCCCUCGAGAGGAUGAGCAACCUGGACAUGCACCCCCUGAGCUUCCCCAUCAGUAGGUUAUCCCCUGCAAAGUCCUCCAGUAGCAUCGACCAGUACACCCACCACCACGGCAAGGGCGACUCUGCCUACAGCUCAUUCUCUGGUGGCUCCAACGCGCCCGAUCUCUCCUCUCCCUUCUUCCCCGACGACUUUCACGCCCACGGCUUUCAGUAUGCAGACUUUAAGUACAUGAACUCCACGUUGAAUUUGGCCGGGGAGGCUGAGCCCAAGAGCAUGGACCAGCUUUACCGCUCCAUGGAAGUCCUCACAAGGCAGUGCAACCAGGAAGAUGGCAGCCACUGCAGCAAUGGCAAUCAGCAAUGUAGCAAGAAACAAAUGUCCCCCACCAUGUCUCUCCCACCCCCACCUCCACCGCCGCCUCCUCCACCUGCUCGGCUCGAAAGCCUGGUCACCGUCAGGAAUAUGGAGAACCUUCUGUCACGACAAGGCCCCGAAGGCCAGACAGCUGACAGGUCACGCCAGAGGGCCUAUACAUCGCCUGCACCGCCACCACCGUUUCUUCCCAACAUUCCAGGCUCAGUCCCUGACUCAGCGUUUUCACUCCCGGGCGCCCAGACUAUCCAGGGCGAUCCAGUGAACCGAGACGCCUCUGCUCAGCAGAAGUCAGCAAACACCUUAAGCCGAUUGGCCCAGAUGUACCCGAGCUUGGCGGCGGAGCAUGACAGCCAGCCGGCUGGUCAGCAGGUCCACGGCGCCCAGGGAGACGCACAGCGCAAGAGGGCGCACUCUGCCUAUGCCGCCCUGCCGCCUGCGCCCCUACGGUCAGCCGACUCCAGGCCGCAGCCUCCUCCUCCUUCUCCACCGAGUGCGAUCAAUGGGAGCAUCCAGCACAAGGGGCACUUCUACUUUGUGACCGGCGUCUGCAAGACGGAAGGACCACCCGGAACCAAGCCAGUGGCUCACGUGUCAGACAACUCUGGUGUCGAUUCGCGUAAGCCUGUGGAGAAAGAGAGGUUCCAUGGACCAGAUGGUGGUGUGCAAAGAACCACCAAUCAUAGACGUAACAGUUACGACGCGCUAGGUGAACGGGAGCAUUUCCCCCGUGCCCAGGAGCUGAGUGUGAGGAAGCAAGAUGCCGAUGGGUACCUGGACAAUGCUCUUCUCGGUAGCAAACACGCGCCGCACAUUCCGGAUGCCCAAGAGCCAGGGCAGAGACUCUUAGGUAGGGAGAUCACAGGCAGACAUCACAGUUCUGCCCAUCCAAUCUUCUACUGUGGCCCUGAAGAAAGUGUCCCACACGUGCAGCCAAGUGUCCCACAACCGCCUCCUAUCCCGCCUCCUGUGGCAGACCCAUCCAUGCACACAGAGAAGCAAGAGGAGCAAGCGAGGAAGGUCCGGAAGCAGCCUUUAGAUGUGGUGCCCCGUGAGAAAAUAAGCAAGGAAAAUACCCCUCUGCUCUACCACCUCACAGGGGCCAACCGAAUGGCCCUCAUGAACAAGUUCAAAAACGAUUCCGACUCCGGAAUGAGCUGUAGGAAUCCAGAGCGGAACAGUGGAGCUCCACAACAACCAGAGAAAGAGCGAGCCAACCCGAAAGAAGUAAAAGGCGCUAGCGUCUGCAGUGACCAGUGUGAAGACUCUAAAAUGACGCCUGUGGACACAAAUCUGGACAACUCUUAUCCCACGCUGGACGAUUCGUUUAAGAAAUACUACAAAGAGAAGCUAAAGGACGUCCAGUCCAGAGUGCUCAGGGAGACUUCUUUCAAAAGGAGGGACCUGCAGCCUCACAAGACUAAACAGAAGCGUGAGCAACAGCAGCCUGUCCUCCAGGUAUUCACAUCCGCCCAGGACCCCCUGUACACAGUGGACAAGCCGAGUCGUCCGUGGUCACAGCACCAGUCACAGGUGUCUGAUACCAAGAGUAGGAAUGACAACCCCAGGGAGAAGACCUGGGAGCGAGGGACAAUUGGAGGAGAGAGUGAAAAAACAGUUGGGAAGGAGAAAGAAAGGAAGGUUGCCCAGGAGAAUGAAUCGCAUAGUGUGGAUAUAAGGGUUGAGGAAACAAGGAAGGAUGUAGGGGUUGAGGAAUCGAGGAAGGAUGUAAGAAGUGAGGAAAUAAAGAAAGUGCCCAAAGUAGCCCAGCCACAGGUGCCGCGCAUCGGAGGCCGAAAGCGGCUGACUCAGGAGCAGAAGAAGAUGUGCUUCUCCGAGCCGGAGAAACUUCACAAGUUGCUGGACGCGCCUACCCACAAGCCCUCGCACUCGCUGGGCAACGAGGCAGAGUGUCUGCUCACGGACGACGACCUGGGGGACCAGGGUCUGGUGGCUGCCCGGAGGAAGCUGUUUGAGACACGAGGUCGCGCCUUGUCCGCAUCCAGCCUGUCCAAGACCACCCUGAAGCACCUCCAGCACAAGGCCCUCGUGGCCUACAUGGAGCGGAAGACAGGCCAGAAGGCGACUGAGACCCAGCAGCCUUGUCCUCAGGUGCCCAGCCAAAGGCACUCCACAGCGGGCAGGCCUCACCACGGCAAUGGAGGCUCGAAGAAGAGACUCCACAGGCCCCUCUCCGCCGGGCGCAUACUGGACUCCUCCUCUAGCUCCAUCCGGUACGCCCAGUUCGGUUCCACGUCGUCUGGCGAGCAUUCCCGACAGUCCAGCUGGAAGGACGUGCCGUCGGCGUCUCCGAGUAAAGCCGCUUCCGUGGAGAGUUUGUUGGAUCAACCGGAACUUUCCGGAUUCUACCGCGCACGCUCCAAGUCAACACCUCAUGCCCUCCAGGAUUCCAUUAGCAUCAGUGAUGCUUCAUCAACAGAUUCGUCAAGCACUCUGAGAGGAGACGUCAACACAGUAGCGGGUGUCUCCCAGACUGCUGCUGUUGCCGCAGUGGUUGCCGAGGAGCGUCGCCGGGUGGUGGCCCCGCGAGGGAAGUCCAUGGAGGAGCUGGGUGUGUCAAAGGUCAUCAGGCCGGCGUGUCUGAGUCGGAGCUCAGAACAAUUGGACCAGCUCCGCACUAGCGGCAGUGGCCGGAUGCCUGGCUCAGCAAACCCCGGCUCUUACCAAAGCAGAGAGAAGAGGAGCGUGGCAGCAGUGUCAGAUGGGGUCCAGCCUGGCGAAUGGACACGGAGGUGGACCGGGCACCAGGAGGGCUGGGCGCAGGCCACGCAGGUGGACAUCCGGCACAGCAGGGGUGAUUCCACCUCCAGCGCUGGAUCACUUCCUGGAGGCGCAGGGGCGCAGCAUGACCUGGCACAGUCCUCUGGCCUGGUGUCGACAGGAACAGAGACAAAGCCCAGAGGGUACUCCGUGGAGGGCAAACCUCUGUCAAGUCUGUAUCAGACAGAGGCUCCAGUGCCGCCCCGUAUGAAGGAGUGGAGUGAGAUGAAGCAGCCAGGCUCUUGUCAUGAGGUGGCCCUCAGUCACGGAGUGACCACCGACCCCAGUCUGUGGCCUUCCGCACCGGGUGUGGAUGAUGAUGAUGACGAUGAAGAUGAUGAUGAUGGGGAAGAGGAAGAUGGGCGCUCAUCUCCAUUCAACACCAUGGGAACGGAGACAAUGCUGAGCUCGGUCCGGUUGUCACAGUCCGAGUCUCCCAGGGCAACUCCGACUGCUGAGGCCAAUGCGAGCGUGGGGGAGAAACUAGAGGGGGAGAGGGAGGAAGAGAGGGAGGAAGAGAGCCAGCAGGAGCGAGAGAUGAAAGACAGAGAACAGGAAGUCGCAUCAGCGGGGGGAAAUCAGACAGAAGAACCAGAGAGGAACGCCCCUCCACCACCACCACCACCACAGCAGCAGCAGCAGCAUCAGCAGCAGCAGAAGACACAGUGGGCGGCUCUGGUAGAGGAAGUGGCCUCUGCCGACCAAUUCCUGGCAGUGUUACUGCGCCCUGUGGCCAAUCGCAAGACAGCUCUGAUGCUGAUGGAGCAGCUGCUGUCCGAAGACACCCUGCUGAUGGAGGAGCAUUACAAGAAGAAGCAAGAGGAAGGGAGGGCCUCUGGCCUGGAGGAGAAACAGCAGCAGCAGCAGCAGCAGCAGCAGGAGGAAGAGAAGAGAGCCCAGAGGGCAAGUGCUGUGGAGGAGCACCCGGGCCUCUCCUCCAGGCCCUCGGAGGAAGUGUGUUCUGAGCCUCAGCAAAACGGUGCUGCAAGUCUAUCUGGUGCUGAUGUGAAUGAGAAAAAGAGGCAGCUGCUGGCCUGUGUGGAGGAGCGUCUGAGUGCUCUGGGGGAGCAGCGCAGCUCCCUGCAGGAGGAGGAGGAGGAGAACGGGGCGCGCGGGGCGGCCACCCUGGCCCUGGUGGCCGAGCGCUGCCUCCCCACCGAGCAGGAGCGCUACUCGCUCUUCAUCGGCGACCUGGAGCGCGUGGUCAGCCUGCUGCUCUGCCUGUCGGCCCGCCUGGCACGCGUGCAGAACGCGCUCAGCGCAGUCGACGAGCACACGGACGAGGAGGAGAAGCAAUCCCUGGACAACCGCCACCAUCUCUUGUGCAAGCAGCGGGACGAUGCCAAAGACUUGAAGGACAACCUGGACCGGCGCGAGCGCGUGGUCUCCACGUUCCUCUCCAAACACCUGACAGCUGCCGAGCUCCAGGACUACCGGCGCUUCGUCCAGACCAAGGCCUCGCUUCUCAUCCGCCUGAAGGACCUGGACGAGAGACAGCGUCUGGGAGAGGAGCAGAGGGACGCCCUGUCCAACAGCCUCCCUCCUUAG